CCCCUUACCGCGGAUUAAACAACCGAAUUGCCUUGCGCUCCAUCCAUAGAUUCUUAGAUCCAUGGGCGAUAGCCAUUGUAAAAGAAGAAGAACAAAGUCAGUCCAUCUCCAUGUACUGUAUACUCAAAGCUUUAUUUACAAUUACAUAUACAUAAACAGAAAAUAGGUUAUGUUGAUAUAUUGAAAAAAAAAUGUAACCGAUACGCUUUCUGUUUUCACGACGUAUUGAGCCGUGUUUUAUUAUGUUUUAUGAUGUUUAUGAUCUUUUCUGCAUUUUGUGUAUGCGGUAUAAUAAAACUGUCAGAUUUCACAGAUGAUUGAUGUAGGUACAGUUAAUGAAAGGAAGCAAUGUCGAAACAAGCAAGAGUACUGGAAUUGAACAAAUGCAUUUCGUCUCGAUUAUGGUAUACAUCUCUAAAUAUUUUUCAUCUAAAUAAUGAUAGCGAUUUUUUAAAAGAAUUCCAACGUAAUUGCUGUGUCGAUUUAACAGAAUUAGAAGCUGUAAUUGAAAGCUUGAUACAUUCACGAAAUGAAGAGCAAUACCAGUGGAUUGCCUACGUAUUGCUGUGGAAGCUUGUAGGCAGCAAGUCGUCCAAUGUCGACUGCAAUAUACAGUGCAAUGUUCAAACACAAUUUGAUUGUAUACAAAUAAAAAAUGCAACAAAGCUGUGUGAUAAUGUACCGGAUUGUUUACAUAAGGAAAUAUUAAUAUUUCUUCACGAAAUAAGCGCUGAAUGUAGUAUAAAAUAUACUUCGAGUAUUAUAUUCCAACAAAUUGUUACAUUCCUGAAGGAUAACGUAUGCAUCAAUAUAGAAAUCAUAUGCUGGAUUAUAAACAAAUUAAUAUCUGUAAUUCCAAACACGCACAAUAUUGCUAACAAUUUACGAGAUAUUUAUUUUUUUACUUUGAAAUCAUGCCUAGAACACAUUCCAGCCGGAAGAAGUUGGUAUUUGAAACAUACAACGACUGAUUCUUCAGAAGUUAAUUCAACUACUCACGACAAUUCUUUACAAAUGAUUUUGUACCUUUUGUCAACAAUAGAUAUAGAUGCAGAUACACAAAUCAAAUUUCUAGAAAUAAUUUGUCCUACAGUUGCAAAAUCAUAUUAUAUUAAAGAUAUUGAACUUGCAUUAUACUCUAGGAACAAUGAGAAAUUAUUAAGUGAAUGGCUUUCACUUUGGAAUAAAACAUGUGCGUGUUUUGAAAGCGCUACUACUUUACUCACGGCAUAUAAAAUAUAUGAAAGUAUAUUUAAAUUAACAAAGAACUCUGAAAUUUUGUUAUGCAAACAAGAAUUACUUAAAAGAAUAAGUGCAAGAAAAUUACAUUGGUUAAACGAUGUUUUGGUAAGUUUUAUAUUUUAAGCUUCCUUUAAUUGUUAAAACAAUUUAACAACUAUGAAUGAACAGGAUGGGUCAUUUUAAUGUUCUCAUCUAAAUAUUUUUUUUCCUAUGCCUUUUACAAAAAUAUGUUUUAGAUAAAAGUUAUACAAUUUUAAGAGAA